AGAACAUUAAAUUACACAAACAAAAUCUUAAAAUAUAGUAAAUUAUAAGAUGGGUGUAGAUGACAAAAAGAGGUAUGGGAAUAACGACUUCCAUGAAGCCUUCGUCUAAAACCCAUUAUAUUUUUACGGCCCGGCCCGGCCCGGCCCAAUGAUUUCACUAUCGUCAUCCGCAAGCAUUCUCGAUUCUUCAACCUUUCAAAACGCUCGGUUCUUGUGUCAAAAAAAAAAACGCUCGGUUCUCGCUCACCAGAAUUUCGGGGUUGUUAGAUUCUGAUUGUUGAGAGACAGAGAGAGAGAGAGUUACAGAGAGAGAGAGAGAGAGAGAGAGAGAGAAUGGGAGGUUUAUCAGAUACGAAGGUACUACAGGAUUUGUUGUUGUACGCGGCUAGGGCAGCGCUGAGUUACUGGGUAUUGGUAACGGGGCUCCGAUAUCUUGACCCGAACCGUGAAUCAACGAAGAAAGCUCUUGAGCAGAAGAAAGAGAUUGCAAAGCGUCUAGGUCGUCCCCUUAUUCAAACCAAUUCUUAUGAGGAUGUGAUAGCCUGUGAUGUUAUAAAUCCUGACCACAUUAAUGUGGAAUUUGACUCCAUUGGGGGACUUGAAGCUGUUAAACAAGCUUUGUAUGAGCUUGUUAUUCUACCCCUAAAGCGGCCCGACUUGUUUUCGCAUGGCAAGCUCCUUGGACCACAAAAGGGGGUUUUGUUGUAUGGACCUCCUGGCACCGGAAAAACUAUGCUUGCAAAAGCUAUUGCCAAGGAGUCCGGAGCAGUAUUCAUUAAUGUCAAGAUAUCCAACCUCAUGAGCAAAUGGUUCGGGGAUGCCCAAAAGCUCGUGGCUGCCGUAUUUAGUUUGGCCGACAAGCUUCAGCCUGCCAUCAUAUUCAUUGAUGAAGUAGACAGUUUUUUGGGUCAACGUCGUACAUCAGAUCACGAGGCUAUGUUAAACAUGAAAACAGAGUUCAUGGCUCUAUGGGAUGGAUUCACCACCAACAAGAAUGCUCAAGUUAUGGUGCUUGCAGCAACUAAUCGUCCUUCGGAACUUGAUGAAGCAAUACUCAGGCGGCUUCCUCAAGCUUUUGAAAUUGGAUAUCCAGACCAGAGAGAGAGGGCUGAAAUAUUGAAGGUUAUCUUAAAGGAUGAGAGGGUUGAAGAUAACAUAGACUUCGGUUAUAUAGCUGGAUUAUGUAAGGGUUACACCGGUUCAGAUCUAUUUGAUCUUUGCAAGAAGGCUGCGUAUUUUCCUAUUAGAGAACUACUGGAUGAUGAGAAGAAAGGGAAAGAAUCUUGUGUACUGGAUGAUGAGAAGAAAGGGAAAGAAUCUUGUGAACCUAGACCUUUGUCACAGUUAGAUUUGGAGAAGGCCCUUUCCACUUCACGGAAGACAACAGUUGCGGCAAAUGAAUACAGUAGAAUGAAAGCACAGUCAUCUUCAAGACAGUCAUUUUCUGGUGAGUCAGGUGAUUACGAGGUUCAAGCUGCAAUCAAGGAAAUUUCUAGGCUUAUGGGUUCUCACAUGAUUAACAUCCAAUUAGAACCCCAGGAUCCUUAAAAUUUUGAGUUUCUUUAGACCUUUCUUCUACUGUUAGUUAGCAUAGUCCAGAUUGCAACAAUUACCUCCUUUGGUAUACUACUAGUUAUCGAAUAUGUAUUAUUAUCCAUCCAUUGUUUAUAGUCGUGCAAAUGUUGGUUUUGCAUUUUGUUCAGAAUUUGAUGCAUCGAUCCUUCUUGUAAAACAUAAUAAUUAUAUAUUUGCCAAAUUUUAUUUAUGAAUGCUGUUCGUUAAUGCAAAGAUAUUUUUGUCGCUCCA